AUGAGAAAAUGUUUAAGUUCUAUAAAAGCACACAGUAAUAAAUAUUCAAUUAACUGUCAUAUAUAUUUAAGAAAAUGGUCAAACAAUAAGAAUAAAAGGAUGUAUACUUCAUCCUUGUUAAAUUAUAAAGUAGAAGAAACUUAUAAAUAUUCUUGUGUUGUUCCGUACAAGAAUGAUAAUAUAUUCACAUUAGAAAAAGAAAUAUAUGACGAAAAAUAUAGUCACGUUUUUAUAGAUAAGAAUAUAGAAAUUGAAUCCGAUUUAUAUUAUUUAUAUAAAUUAUUGAUAAAUAGUAGAACUAUAGAACAAAUUCGUUUACAGGUUUAUAGUUCUUAUUGUGCUUAUGAAAAUAAUUUUAUUAAUGAUAUGAAAAAGAUUAAUUGGAAUGCUUAUAUUCCAUUUAGUAGUGUUUUAAGAGAACCUGAAAUUAGUAUUACAAGUAUUAAGUCACGUUUAUAUCAUACAUGUAUGAUAAAAAAUAUUAUAUUGAAUGUAAUUAAAAGACAACAACAAUUAUAUAUUGAAAAGAAUGGAGAUGAAAAUAUUUUGUUGAAAAAAAAAAAAUUAAUUUCAUCACAAUUAACUCCAUUAAAAAUUAAUGUAUUGUUUAAAUAUAAUGAAUGUAAAAUUCAUAUCAAUUUAAGUAAUAAUAUGAAUAUAAGAGUAUACGAAGCAUAUAAAAAUCAACAAUCUUUAAAAAGUACUAUAAUAGCAUCUGCUAUUUUUAAACUUAAUUUAUUUAAAUAUAUAAACAAUUCAAAGCAAACAUAUAUAAUUGAUCCAUUUUGUAAUGAUGGAACAGCUAUAUUAGAAAUUCUUAGUAUUCUAUUAACUAUACCUAAUGGAUCUCCAAGUAUUAAUUAUCCUAUCUUUACAUAUCCCUUACAUUCCCCUUCAACCUUUUAUAAUGUAUUGAAUGAAAUAAUUAUUUCUCCUUUACAUAAUAUGACACAAGUAUAUUUCUUAGGGAUGGAUGAGAAAAAGGAACAUAUCAAACAUGCAAAUCGUAACUUGAUGAAAUUUGUCCAAACCAUUCCUUUAAAAAAUGAUAUAACAAGAUAUAAUGAUCACCCGUCGCUUAAUAUAAAUGAUCCACAUGUACAUACUCUUGUCGGUGAUAUAAAGAAUGUAACAUCAAACCAGAAGAACAACUACAUUUACAUAAAUAAGGAUAAUAACAUAAAUUAUGAUAACAUAAAUAAACAUGAUGAUAAUAAUUCUUCAGAUAGCCACAUAAAAAAAAAAACAUAUAAACAACUCGAAACCUUAAGCACACAACAAUUAAAAGAUCUUUUUGAUAAUGAAAAAAAAAGCGAAAAGAUAUCUAUAAAUAAUAAGUCAUUUUUAUUAAACAAUAUAAAGUUUUGUUCAUUUAAUUUUUUAAAAUUAAACAAUGUUAUUGAAAAUUGUAUUAUUAUUACUAACAUUAUGAAUAUGGAAAAGAAAAAAAUACUCAAAUUUGAGAAGAUACUUCUUCGUUCAUAUAUAUUAAAUGCAUAUGUUUUUUCUAAUGAAAAAUAUAAAGAAAACACUCAACUACAAUUUAGGCUCAUAGCACGAUUUAUAUCGAAUGGUCAGAAUGUACUAUUUCUACAGCUAUUUAAUAAAACAAAAAGAAGUAGAUAUGAGGAUUAUGAGGAAAAUUAA